AUGCCGAGGACUAGAGCUACCGGAGUUAGGGGGAGGCAGCCCCCGAGGUCAGAGUUGAGUCCCCAGCUAGGGGUAGAGGUCGGGCUAGAGGCCGAUGACGUGGUCGAGGCCGUGCCAGAAGAGCGGCACCUGCCCGAGGCCGAGGGUGCAGCAGGUAUACCAGCGGGGUUACAAGCUGGGGUAGGGGCACAGGCCCCUGGUUAUCAGCAUCAAAUUCCAGUGGUUCCAGAGCUGGUGGUUCAGCCACCACAGGUUCCAGCACCGGUUGUAGGUGUACCGGCGGCCCUUGAGGUGGCCUUAGCAGAUGAUGACCAGGUCUGCUAUGAGCGGUUUCAGAAAAUGAAACCACCUCAGUUUCAUGGUGCUAAGACUGAUGAUGCUCACGAGUUUUUGACCUUGAGUCGAGAGAUGUUGGCGGCGGUACGCAUGUUAGAUGAGAGGGGCGUCCGAUUUGUGUCCCUUCAGUUACGCGGUGUCGCUAGGGAGUGGCUGAGGACAUUCAUGAGUUCGAGACCAGCGGGAUCUCCUCCCAUGGAGUGGAGUGAGUUUGCUAGUGCCUUCGAGGGUCGUUUCAUCCCUUGGAGUGUACAGGAGGAGAGCCGUAUGAGGUUUGAGAGUUUGGUGCAGGGUAGCAUGUCAGUCGCAGAUUACGAGGCUCGAUUCUGUCAGUUGUUGAGACAUGCCUCUGCUUUGAUUUCAGGUGAGCCUGAGCGGAUUCGCAGAUUUGUCAAGGGUUUGACUCCCACUAUCCGUAGUUAUGUGUUUAGAUCAUCUCAAGAGGGUGCUUCCUUCCAGACUAUAGUGAGUGCAACCAGAGAGGCUGAGUUGCUUGAGCGGGAUGAUUUUGGUGGGCCCAAGAGGGUCCGUACAGGUGGUCAGUAUUCGGGUACCUCGUCAGAAGGUAGGGGCCCACACAGGGGAGGCGGGUCCUUCCUGCGUCAGAGGCCAGUACAUGCUUCAUUACCAGCUAUCGAGGGUAGGCCAGCAGCUCGGGGUCCUCCAGGUUCGGGUCGAAGUGGUUAUAGCAUUACUUCGGGUUCUUCACAGUCAGGAUCCACAUCGAGGUCAUGUUAUGGUUGCGGUGAUCCAGGCCACUUGAUUCGUCACUGUCCACAUCAGACUCAGUCUGGACCACACCGUACUAUCUCCGCAGUCCCAGAGAGAGAUUCAGCACCUCCGGCUAGAGGUCGGGGUCGGGGACAGGCAUCUGGUAGAGGCGGACGAGCUUCGGGUAGAGGUGCUAGUGGCGCCUCAGGUUCACAGAGUGGGGGCAGAGGUGCCCAAUGUUAUGCUUUUCCUGGGAGGCCCGAGGCUGAGACUUCUGAUGCAGUUAUUACAAGUAUUGUCUCAGUUUGUCAUCGGCCUGCUUCUGUGUUAUUUGAUCCUGGUUCUACAUUCUCAUAUGUGUCUACAUAUUUUGCUUCCGGCCUUGAGUUGACUUGUGAUCGUAUGUCUGUGCCUAUUAGAGUCUCUACACCCGUAGGUGAACCCUUAGUGGUGAAUCGAGUGUAUCGAUCUUUUCUUGUUGUCUUAUCGGGGUAUGAGACUUGGGUGGAUAUGAUUCUUCUUGAUAUGUUAGACUUUGAUGUCAUAUUGGGUAUGGACUGGCUUUCCCCCUAUCAUGCGCUUCUUGAUUGUUAUGCUAAGACUGUCACCUUAGCUAUUCCGGGUAUUCCUAGAGUGGAGUGGAGAGGGACUAGUGGUUCGUAUCCCAACAGGGUCAUAUCUCAUAUUCGGGCUCAGAGGAUGAUUGACCGGGGUUGUUUAUCUUAUUUGGCCUUUAUUCGGGAUGUUGGAGCUGAGUCACCGGCCAUGGAGUCUAUUCCGGUGGUUCAGGAGCUCCCUGAUGUGUUUCCCGAGGAUCUACCUGGUGUUCCUCUUGUCCGUGAUAUUGACUUCUCUAUUGACUUGGAGCCAGGCACCAAGCUCAUAUCUAUUCCACCUUAUCGUAUGGCUCCAGCUGAGUUGAAGGAGUUGAAGGAUCAGAUUCAGGACUUAUUGAGUAAAGGAUUCAUACGCCCUAGUGUGUCGCCUUGGGGUGCACCA